CAGCUUCGGUUCAAUGUCCGCUGCAUUUCUUCAUCUUGCAAAAUUUCUUAUGUUUCCGCACAGCCUGCUGAAUACGAGAUACUUAUCAUCAAAGAGUUGUCAUAAUUGAUGUAUUUUUAUGGAUGAAAUCACUAAUUUAUUGACAAGAAAGACAAUAAAACUACUCUUUGCCAUUCUCUUCUAAGAAAAUGUCCUCAAGCAAUCCACAUCCGUCGGCAGGAAUCGCCAAAGCUCUUCAUGAUUUGCAAGGAGAGAUUCAGUCAUUUGGUUCCGGGCCUUACACUGCAGAACAACAGCAAAAGAUGAACCAAUAUAAUUUACUUUUUCAAAAAGCUACUGCAACACCAGAAUCUGCUCAGUACAUUAAAAGACCCCCGGGUUCCAGUCCACCACUCGUCAUCAUGUCAUCACCAUCAACCACGCAAGUACAAGUACAGACUUCCUCGGCAAACCAACCUGUUGUCAUGACAACAUCAAAUCUCCGAGGUGUGACAUCCGUCAUUCCACAAGGUGCAGUUCUCAUGCAACAGGCUAUUGCAACAUCAAUAGCCAAUCAAAUGACAGGAAGCAAUCAAUCUUCGCAAUCUUCACCAUCAAAGGUAACAAUAAUUGGUAACAAAGGAUCUUCAUCAUUAUCCCAGUUGUCAUUGUUAGCUCAACAUCCACAGGGCCAACCAACUACCGGUACCACACAGAUACAAAUCAAACCGAACAAUGUUGGAACAACCAUGUCAAAUCCAAACCCGACCAUUCAACGUCAAGUUUUACCUGUUCAAGCAAUACCAGCUGGUCACACCCCAGUACAAAUGGUUGCCUCUAUCUCUGGUCAUCAAACACAAGGCGGUCAUGUACUAACUGCAGUUAAUCUACCACAAGGCCAUACUCUAGGCCAGAGAACCAUCGCUCCACAGGGAAUUGCUAUACAACAACAAGGUACACCUUUGGUCAUCCAGGUUACGGCUGCACACACAGGUCAGGGAAAACCUACGUUCGUACAAGCCUCUGGGAAAAUGGUUGGAAGUGUUGUACAGCAAAGUGGAAGUAACGAUAGUCUUAAGACUCCAAUAACCGCCACUCCAAAGGUGACACAAAAUCAUGACUCAUUGAACGCUGCUGAACCUCAGAGUGUAUUAUCAAGAAAAAGACUUCAGGAUCUUUUACAAGAAAUAGAUCCAAGAGCGACUCUUGACGAAGAUGUCGAAGAUGUCUUGCUUCAAAUUGCUGAUGAUUUUAUCGAAAGUGUUGUCAGUGCCUCGUGUCAGAUAGCCAAACAUCGUCAAUCGAAUACAUUAGAGGCGCGAGAUAUUCAGAUGCACUUGGAACGGAACUGGAACAUGUGGAUACCAGGUUACGGAACGGAAGAUUUCAAGCAGUCGAAAAAACUAGGUUCAACGGAAGCACAUAAACAGAGAAUGGCUUUGAUUCGGAAAUCGAUGAAGAAGUAAAGGAAUGGUAUAUUCCAUAAAGCACAAGAGUAAAUAUGAAAGGCUGCAUGAACGAGGUCGUUCUAGUUACAUGCAUAUGUUGGAACAUGUGUACAUAAUUGUCAGAAAACUCAAAAUAUCGUAACUCAAUUUAGUGAGUAAUACACAACGGUAAAUGUGCGAGAUGUAUCAGUGUACUGGACACAUAAAAAGGAUUAUGAGUGUUUAAGACACACAAAGAAACUUUAUUGAAUUUUUCUAGUGUAAAUAUGAAUUUUAUACAACGUUUGUAUGAAGAAUAGUGUUGUAGUUUGGGUGUUAACAGUUAAUGCAAUAUAUGAAUUGAAUGGA